AAAAGUAGUUAAUGACUUUUUAUUUAUGUACAAUAAAUUUUCGCAGCUAUAUUCAAAAUUCGUUAAUCUGCUCUAGUGUGCUUCGAAACUUUGAGAAUGAUUGCAGCAAUGAUGUUGAUUACUGAUAAAGCUAUAAACUGUUCAAGCUUGAGAAUUUACUAUAUAUGCUUCAAACGACUUUACAAACAGCUUUAAAUGAACUUCAAAAUGAAAUCUAUAUUAGAAACGUAUUUUCUGCACAAAUUUUGUCUCUGCAAAUUUGCAUUUGUUGUUUUAGUGUAAGAUAAAUACUUUAAACUUGUGCGACAAAAAGUAAUACAAAUGUUUUCGCGGACAUAGCAGAUUUAAGUUUGAGCGGAUCUCCUCUGUUCAAAAGUUUAUGGUUAGGUGUAUGAAAAGAAAUGAAAGCAUUUUUAUUUGUCGUAUUUUUAAAAGUAUUUUUUCAAGUAGGUGCUUACAAUAAGGAAGCAAACGAUGAACCUGAUCCGGACACAAUAAGUUCAGGCGAAACAUUAAGUCAGAAUUCUCCCGUUUUUGAAAUUUAUGAAAAAAUUUCUCCCGAUAAAGUGUAUAAAAACUAUAAUAGCUACGGUAAGAUCAAAGAACUAAACAAAUAUCUAGCAGCUCAACUGAAAGAAAAAGAAACAAAACCAACAAAUAUGAUAAAAUCUAAUUAUCCUAGCAAACUGUUAACAGACAACUCGUUUAACUCAACGAAUUCUUCUAUUCUUACAUCAAACACUACAACACAAGUUGCACAGGAAUCGAACAGCAGUAACUCAAUUUCGAAAGGUUUACCAAAAGCUUCUCAAGCUUCAGCUGAUGAUGAAGACGAUAACUUUAACAAAGAAUUUCUUAAUGAUACUGGUAUAGGGGAGGGAGAUGAUCAAGUUUAUGUUUUAAACCCUAAGCUAAAAAACAAUACAAAUAACUCUAAUGGCGUAUCUCUUGAAGCAACAAUGGCUAAUCCAAAGUCUACAAGUGAUUUUAUUGCAGAAAUUAACUCUGGUUUAAAAUUUAACCAAUCAAGUUCAAGUGAUAACAUUAAAAUAAAAAACUACAAUUAUACAUUUAUUAAAAAGGGAUCUAGUAAAAAUAAUGAUAGUAGUACAGCGACGAAUAAAGCAAAAACAGUCAAUGAAGAUUCCAAAAUUGAUCGAAUUAAAGCUUUAUUAAAAAUUACUUACAAACCAUUGAACGAUCAAAUUUAUUCUAAUAAAAUAGAUGAUAAAGAAAAUGAAAAAAACGAUAGAAAAAACAAUAAGAAAAUAAAAUCAAUUAAGUCUAUACAACCUCAAAAACAAUGGAUAAUAAGAAUUUUGAAAAAUAAUAAUUCAAAUAACGUUUCGAAUAGCCAUUUAAGUAAAGUUUCUACAAUUGGAUUUGAUUCUCGCUGGGCAUCGAAUAAACAGCAUCAAUUAGAUGUAGCAAACUUCACAAGUUCAGGAUCUGGGGCUGAAACAGAUUAUGACGGUGAUUACAAUAAUGAUGAAGAAGAUUCUGAGAUUAUUACACCAUCCAACUUAAAUCCGAAUAUGGAGAAAUCUGAUUUGGUUAUUUUUCAAGAGAAUGCCAAAGAACUAGGUCAUGAAUUAGACAUAGAUAAAAAUAUGAUUUUUCCAGAAUCUAAUUUUUUAAGCGAAGUUUACAAAAAUGGUCUCAAUUUUCGCAAAAAAGCAUAUAAAAAAAGAGAUAAAAAACAUAGACAUAUUAAAAUAUAUCCAAUUAAAAGUCAAAAUUACGCUAACCAAUCAGAAGGUUUACCCGAGGAACACCCAGUCAAUAAUAUACAAGAGUUGCGUUUGAAAAAAAAGAACGUGAAAAAAAAAAAAGAAGCGCACGAUCCAGAGUUCAAUCUUUUAAAUUUAGAAAUAGAAAACCAAUCAAACCAGAAAAGAAAGAAGUUUCAGGAAAACGUAGGAAAUAUUGUUCAUAACAAACUGUUUAACGAUACUUUGUUCGAGGUAGCUGGAAAAAAAGCUAAUCAAAAACACAAAAAGCAUAGAAAACCUGAAGGCUUAGUUUUUAUAACUAAUGCAAAACCAAAAGAUUUAAAUGAUUACGAUGACAAUGAUAAAAACAACGUUUUUACCUACGAUGAAGCGUAUCUAAAAAGUCAUGACAUGCGUCGCCGAAACGUCGAUGCGCUAAUGAUGCAUCGAAGAGGUGAAAUUGAACUACGCAGAAGCUUAAAUAAGAAAAGAAAUAGCCCUUCGGCCGAUUGGUUGAGAAAAUAUUGGGGUGGUGAAUCAGAAGAAAAUGGAGGUGAUAUUUCCUUGAUUCUUAAAAAGAGAAGCGAAAUUAUGCAAGAUGAAAUUGAGGUUCCCAGCGGUAUUGGCAGCAAUUUAGGGUAUGAAGAUAAAUUUAUCAAUACAACAUUGGUAACGGAGCAAAUUCUAUCUGAUAUGAAUUUAGGAGAAAGUGCCGUUGAACAAAAUGCAGUAAAAGAGUUUGGUUUGCAAGACCCAUCUUUAGCUGCAAAAGACAUGGAGUCAGUUUUGAAAACAGAUGAGUUAAAAGCAAAAGAACACAUUGCUCGACCGAGACAUCGUCAUAACCUUAAAAAAUCACAAAAGGAUAUUUUAGUUCGAGGAAAAAGAGAUACAGUACUUGAUCAACUCAAAGAGCCUACCAGCUUAGAAAAAAGUACAGCAAUCCUUCCUUUUAAUACAAACAGGUAUACAAGUUCACAUGAUAUUAAGAAGAGUUUUUCCUCGCAUAUUUUAAAACAAAAUAAUCAUGUUAUUAGUUCUGUUAAAAGGCAUUUUUCUAAAGGAAAAUCUAAAAUUGAUAACAAGACACAGAAACUCAAUCAACAAUUACAAAACCAAAUCAAAAAUACCAAAAAAAAAAUAAGAACGAAGCGAUCAGAUCACAAUUUACAAACAACACCUAAUAAAAAAAUAGUAUUGUCAAAAAAAGCUAUGAAAGGUUUGAGCAACAGCAGUAGUGUUCUUGGAGAUAAAAGAUUAAACAUUCCUUUUGAAGAACCUCAAAAAACAGAUUUUAAUAAUAUCGGAAUCACAGAUUUAUACAAUAUGGAUAAAAUGUCACACCUUAGAAGUGCACCAUUUUUCGGUAAUCAGUAUGACAUAUGGAAUCCAGAGGAGGUAAAUACUAUAAGUAAGUUGUUUACAAACCAUCCAUCAGAUGGAGAAAUCCCUGAUAUAAUUAAUAAUAAAGUUACAAGCACAUCCAUAAACGGCAUCAUCUCACCGGUAUUCUAUCAAUCACCUAGUUUACCAACUGAACCUGCAAAAAUUCUUGCUAUUUCUUCUCUUCCUUCAUCAAUUCCUGAUUACGAAAAAGUUAGUUCUGAUGAACUUGAGAGUUACGUAAAAGUGUUGAAGGAUGAGAAAAAAAAAGAGGCUCAAUUAGCGCAAGAAGGCAAAGUAGAAUUAAAUUUGGAAGGAAAAGUAGAUUUAAAUUUGGAGUUAAGUAAAUCAAUAAAAGAGAUGUUAAAUAUGGAAGUUAAACCUAACUUAUCAAAAAAUAAAACAACAGCUAAUCUACUAGUAAACAAUAAAGAUAUUGAAAAAAUUUCUGGUAAAGUUCAAAGCACAAUAGAACCAAUUGAUAGUACGGUUGCCACAGUUGAAAAUCAAUCAAACAUGCUUAAAAAUUCAAAACAAACGCUCCAACAAGAACAUUCAUUAAAUACAAAUUUAAAUAAUUUUAAAAACCCAUUUAUAGAUAAUUUAUAUUCAAAAGCAUUAUCUGACAGUGACGAAAUAAAAAAUCUUCAAGAGCAUACUUACCAGGCGUCAACAUCUUCUUCGCAAGCUAAAGCACUUAAUGAUCAAAUUUCUGAGUUUGCCCAAACUAAAGCAGAAAAAAGCUUUAGAGAAAUGGAAAUGGGUCGGGUUCAAAAUGAGUUGCAAAUAAGAAAUCAGUAUGCUACAUCGUUCCCUAUGUUUUCAUUGUUUGAUAAAGUUUUAAAAAAAUCAAAUGAGGAGGGGGCGAGUAAAAAGCAUACCACAACAAUCGAUUACGUUAAAAACAAACCAAAUAAAAAAACUCUCUCAAAACAUUUAAACCACUCAAGACAUCUACCGAUUCAAACUAAAAAGAAAAAUUUAAAAAAACAGAAUUUAAAAAGACAGAAUUCAAGUUCCCAUAACUUUAUUCGCCAUUUUGUACACUUUAAAGAACCACUUUCAAAUCAUGUCUCAAAUGGAAUAUCGCUGCAUAAAGGAGAAAACGGGGUUGAAGAUGAACCAUUGUCUAAACGCGUUGAUAUUAAAAAUGCUGUACUUCACAAUAUUAAAACUUUUAGCCCAAAGUAUAUUCAAAACCUAAUUGUUGCAAAUGAGAAAAAAUCAGCAGUUGGAGAUAUUAAAAGAUUAGCUGCUUCCUAUUAGCUGAACUAAGAAAAACAAUAAUAUAAAAACUAAAAUACUAACCCUGUAAAACAUUAUUGGGGCUAAGAAGGAUGCUGAUUUCAGAGUAUUGACUAACUUACGAUUUUUUCUUUACGUUAAUUUUGGAAUAAAAUGCUUAAAAUAAUCGAUCCUAUUAAAAGACGUGGCACCAAAAAAAAUAGUAGAGUAGUCGUGUAUGAAACAAAACUCCAUAACAAAGAGACCUAUUUUUAAACCAACAACCAUAUCAAUGAAGACUUUAAAAUAACAAUAUUGCUACAUAGUAUUGAAACGAAAAAUAUUUCUUUAAAAAUGCA